AUGGCGUUCUCUUUUUCUUUGCAACUCCUCCUAGCGCUCCUAGUCACUGUGACGAGCGCCCAAUCCACUUGCCCCGGUGAGGAUGAGAUAGUCUACUCACCAUUUCGACCUUGGUUCAGCUUCGAUUAUGGCCCCGAACCGGGCGACUGCUGGAAGGCCGCCAUCUGCACAUUCGACCAGGCCGAUUCAGCCCGCAAUCAGCAGUUCGCAGCCACAGCACUGGUCAUGGGCCUGCUGCCUAUGGUCUUCCGAGACAUUGCAUGGCCUGAAAGAAGAGUCGUGCUUGUUUCAUCGCCCCUUCCAGCCCUAGCGGAGGUUGUUGUUCGGGCACUCGGGCUUGAGCCCGUCGUUAAGGGGGAUGUGGCCGGAUGGUCGAGUGAAGAUAGCGAGCGCUGGAUAGAUUGGCUGCGUAGGAGCUCGAUUGCGGGGGCGGCGCUGCGGUCAAGGUUUCGUGCCAUGAUGGUGGUCUUUGCUAGUCUCUUUAUGUUGCUGGCCUCGUACGCGGGAUUGGCGCUGGUGGAGAUCUACUCGAAGCGGUCUGCAUUGGGAUGUGUAUACCCUAUUAUUGCACUGACUUGGUGUCUUGUUGGCGUCAUUCCCGCUGCGAUCCAUGUGCUCUUUGAGAGCUUUCGGCGGAGAGGGGUGAAGGAGGGCUCGGAAUCGGGCGGUACUAGGGCGUCCGCGGUGCAGGGAGCAGACCAGCAAUGGCCUGUGCAGUUUUCUUGGGGACUUUACUAUAUUAUUGGAACCUUGGUGUAUACUUCCAUCAUGGCGGUUACGCCGUUGGAGCUAUUUGUUUGGGUUGCUAUCAUGUCUGUAGUAUCGGGUGCUGGGAAGUUGCUUGCGCUUUAUAUCUGUUUGAUGUUGAGGAGUCCGGCUUGA